AUGCAUCUACCUGUCUUUUUUCUUUUGACCAUCUACGGUGUUCUGGGCUCCGCUACUUCUGCAUUCGCACCCAGCCAUGUGAAGCGUGGUGCACAGCAAAAUGCGACGCUAUACGCCUACGGAGCAAAUACGCCUCAGUGGCCCAUCGCCUAUGGACAGACCGAUGGUCUCCUCUACAUCACGCAGACCCCGGACGACAACAACAACAACCUUCUUCCCAUGUCGUGGAACCUGCCGGCCAUUACAGAUGACAAUUGGAUAGUCAACGCGACCUUCGAGAAUGGUACCUCGGCCGGCUCUCUCUUCAUCAAACCCGAGGAUAAUUAUUGCGUUGGUGUCUUGCCAAUCACCCGUAUUUCCCGUAUCAACGGGACUGUGUCCGGCUUCGCUCUCUUUGCCUCACAACUUGUCUACAACAACAACACCCAGCUCCAAGCACAAUUCUGGGCAAAAGAGACGGAUACGAAUGGCACUUACGCACUGACAUGGAAUCCUGGGUGGAACAUGCAGAAUGGGAGCUUCCCAGUUGUGGUUAAGGCCUCCGAAAGCUCUUGA